GGUUACGAAAUCGCAGCGAGAAUUGUUACAACCACGUGCGAGGAUGCACCCCGACAAAGUCUGCAAGACUGAGUAAGGUCAGCUGCAGUCCGUAGCAACGUGUGUGUGGUCCUGGUUGGGGCCAAUUCCAAUAACGCUAUGAUAACCUCCGCAGCCCAACACCCGGACUCUGACGCCUCCGUCUCUGCCGGGCUUUUCGGCUGGUUUGAAAACAGAUUUUCCAGAUGGAUCUUUGUCGGGCCGUAGGGGAGGGACGCUCCGUGGGGAAGCCACAUUAGAUAAAGAAAAGCUUUGAGCGCCCAGAGGCUACCGAGGCGUGGUCCUCCGGGGUCCAGAGCGUCUCAGAAUCGGGGGCGGGGCCUCCCGGAGGCAGAGCACUUCCGGCCGAUGCGCGGGCGGUCUUCUGCCUCUCGCAAGGUCCCUGGUGCACACUCCUUGAGCAGGUCCCAGGAAGAUGGCAACCUCAGAGGCUGUUGAGGAGGCCACUCCUGUCUUGUCACCCAGCGGUCUCUCAUCACCAGGGACACCUGGAGGCCAGCCCCAUGCGGCACAGCGGCACCUCUGUGGGCAUCCUCAUGGCUCCCCCUGUUCCAGUCCUGAAGUGCCUUCCCAGACAGACCUGGACCUCCAAGACACAGAGGAAGUGGAAGUCAGCAGAGACACCUGGCUUGACUCUGAGUGGGAGCCUAAGAAGACUCCAGCCUCACUCAAUUCCCACAGCCCUGGAGAUGGGCCGGCCUCAGAUGGAAGGGCACUGCGGGGCCUCUUGAAGAGUCUCCCCAGCAUGUCUCAGUGUGGGGCCAGCCUUGGCCAGGAGUGCACCUUGGAGCAGCCAGCAGCCCUGCCUCCAGGGACCAUGCCCUGCUCUCAGCAAAGGGAUUCUUGGCGCGUGGUACUCUUACCACAGGGAGCCCAAGGGGCUGAGGACAGCGCCAAGAAGGCUGCCGAGCUGGGCAGCGGUUUGGGCCGCACUCCGCGGGGCACCAAGCCUCACGGCUGCGAGGCCUGCGGUAAGAGCUUCAAGUACAACUCUCUGCUGCUGAAGCACCAGCGCAUCCACACCGGCGAGAAGCCUUACGCCUGCCAGGAGUGCGGCAAGCGCUUCGGGAGCUGGUGGGGCUUCACGCAGCACCAGCGCAUCCACACGGGCGAGAAGCCCUACGAGUGCGGCCAGUGCGGCCAGGCCUUCAGCCACAGCUCCCACUUCACCCAGCACCUGCGCAUCCACAACGGCGAGAAGCCCUACAAGUGUGCCGACUGCGGCCACGCCUUCAGCCAGAGCUCCAACCUGGCGCGCCACCAGCGGCUGCACACCGGGGAGAAGCCCUACGUCUGCAGCCAGUGCGGCAAGGCCUUCAUCUGGAGCUCCGUGCUCACCGAGCACCAGCGCAUCCACACCGGCGAGAAGCCCUACGAGUGCGAAGCCUGCGGCAAGGCCUUCCGGGGCCGCUCCCACUUCUUCCGGCACCUGCGGACUCACACCGGCGAGAAGCCCUUCGCCUGCGGCGCCUGCGGCAAGGCUUUUGGCCAGAGCUCUCAGCUCAUCCAGCACCAGAGGACGCACUACCGCGAGUAGCCCACACCCCCAGUCAAGUCUGUGGGUAAACCUGCUCCUCUUGGGUGAGAUGGCAGGACACGCCCCUGUGUCCAAGUGUGAUACCUAACGAGACGGUUUUCUGCUAGGCAUCCGCCCUGACACCCACUAGCCAUUCGUCUGCAGACCUUGGAAGAUAAGUUCCCAAUAACCCUAACUUGGUGACCUCCACCCGGAAGUGCACAGCCAUGACCAUCUAUCUACUUGUUAUGUAGAUGGCUUCUUAUGUGGCCGCCUAAUCUUGGCAGAGCAGAACAGCUCCUGGCUUGCUUGUGCAGAUACUUAAGGUCUUCUCGUGGGUUUUGCCUUUAAGAAUCCUGCCCUCGGGCUGGAGAGAUAGCUCA